UUCCCUUUCCCGCCAUCCACUCUCGCUCCCCUUCCUCCAAAACCCUCGCCAUGGAUCCCUUCUCAGGGCUCUCCCCCAAGGACGACGAUGUACGUACUCUCCUUCGCCCUCCUCAGCUAGUGCGAACCCUAAUGGCCGUUUCUUGCCCUAGAAGAUGAUCGGGGGAGGAGGGGGUUUACAUGCAUCUCUCUGCCCUAAAAUUGGUGUUGUAGGAGUACGACGAGAGCGCGUUUCCUCCCGCAGUGGUUGCGGCGUAUGCCGAGACGCUGCGUCGGGAGAUCAUAGGCACGGCCGCCUCCACCUCCGCCGCCGGCGCUGAUGGAUCCGACGCUAGUUCCCGUAAGAAUCCGUCUAUUAUUUUUAAUCUAUUUGAUGAGAUUUUCUUGAUUAGGUUCGAGUUAUGCGAAGAGAUCGAAGAGUGAUUAGGGAUGCUGUAAAUAAUUCCAUCUCUAGAUGUAGAUUAGUGAUUAGCGAGAUUGCUAUGUCUUGAUUGGGGAUGGGUUGUGGGGUGCUGGUGUCUCGGGAGAUCAUAGGCACGGCCGCCUCCACCUCCGCCGCCGGUGCUGAUGGAUCCGACGCUAGUUCCCAAAACAUUUUGGGUCCACAAAGGAAAAAGCACAGAACAUCCGGUGAUUUUCUUGGCCAAAACAUUGCAGCUGCCACCACUAUUAAUUUGACGGAAGAAGAAAAGCUGCUGUUGUCUCGCCUCCAGGAAGGGGCGCAGUCCUCAGAAGCAACUAGAAACGUUGUACAAGAAGAAGAAGAAUUGUUUCUGAACAAGGGUCCUCUUCGGCAAAAACUAGCAGACAUCAUGUCAAAAUAUGGUUUAACGAAUAUAAGCAGUGAGGCGGAGCGCUGCCUGUCAUUGGGUGCAGAGGAGUAUUUACGGAGAUUGUUAAAUGGUGCGAUAGAAAUAGCAAAACAGAGGGUUGAUCUCGAAAAAGCAAGUCAUCAGAUUGUUACCGCUCCAGACAUUCAAAAUAAGAUUGUAUCAAUAGACCAGAAAGCUCAAGAGCUUCUGCCACAAAGAAACAAAAACGAGGAGAAAGUCAAUAAUUGGAGAACAGCUGGAAAUGUUGCUGAGCGAGCUGCUGUUGAUGGAGAUUAUCUGGCGUCAAAUUGGCAACUAAUGUCUGAACAAACUCAACAGAAACAUGAAGGGCUGAUUAAGGACUUCACAUCUCAAGCAGGGCAACCCAACUUAGAAGAGACGUUCCACAUCACUCUCGACGAUUUGAUCACAGCCCUCGAAAGUGAGCCUGAUGAGUCAAAGAAUCUGUGGAUCCGUGGCCUGUGUGAGAGACGGCGGCAAAGCUCAAAAAAACAAUAGCUUGUAGAAGCACAUUCUUGUUAAACCACCUAUGCAACCUUCAGAGAGAUUCGAGGCUCAUUUUCAGGCUGACACCAUAUGCAAACGCACAUUCAUGUUGAUAUUUUUCUUUGUACAUAAUAUUCAGGACGACCGUGAAUUCUUUCGUACAGUGAUGGCUCUGCAGUCUGCAAUGAUCAAAGGAGAAAUGAAUUCUUUGAGAAUUACGGUUGAGAAUUUCCUCAGAUGAAACUGGGGUCCAUUUGAUGAAUGAGCUACCUCGAUGGCGUUGUUUCUGGUGUUUUAGUUUACAAUCUACUGCUGUUUGUUUAGGCGACGCCUAAUGCAUCCUAAUCUUUAAGCUUUGGCUGUUGAUUAAACAGAGGACAGAAUGUGUGCAAUUUUCAGGUAUUUCUUCCCUUCUCUUUUUAUUUUUAUGGUGCUAAUUACUAUUAAACUAUCUUUUCUUUUCCGCGAACAUUAGUAGCCAUUUUACUUGACCAUCAGUUGCUUGAAGUUAUGAUUUUUGGCAUAAUUCUUAUGGUUCAGUGGUUUGCUACUUUGAGAAACAGGUGCAAGAGUGUCAUCUAUUACUCAAAAGUUUACUGUUUCACCCCGACUGGCUUUUACAGCUGAUUGAGAAAGAUAAUCAUAGACCCUCUCUACUCAAAGGCUGGAUUUUCAUGGUAGUCUUAUCACUUUUUUUUUUUUAAUAUUAAAAAGGAUAAAUUUUAAUUUGCCCUUUUAUUAUGGUAUAGUGUAUUCUCACUUUGUUAUUCCAUAAUUUAAAACAUUUUUCUAUUUUUUGAGAGAGAGAUAGGUAGCAUGCUUUCCGUUUCGUUUAUUUCAUUUGAAACAAGUUUAGCUAGAAAUAUGAAUCAACUAGGGUUUGAACUUGAGAUCUUGGAUAUUAACCACCUAGUCCUUUACUACUUGCGAUAGGGAUGGUCGGUCAUAAUUUUAAACAUUCGGCUUAACUAUUUGGUGGUAUAAUGCAUUUUCACUUUGUCAUUUUAUGGUUCAAAAAAUUAUAUUUAACUAUUUUGUGAUUUUAUUUUUGUUUCACUAUAAGAACCUGUUGUUAAACAAAAUAUCUCUCCCAGAUUUUUCAAAUAUUUAUUUACUACCCUAUUUUACAAUGUGCUUUUGUGUUGAAACAAAAAUAAAAUUAUAAAAUAAUCAAAUGUAAUUUUUUGAAUUACUAGAUGACAAAUUGAAAAUGAGCCAUAUCUCAUUGAAGUUUACUCUAUAAAAAAAAUCUAAGUCUAAAUUCUUGUAUAGCUUGAAUGUAAGAUUUACACCAAAAAAAAAAAAGUUGUACAACUAGACCUUUGGGCGGAUAGAAUCACCUCACUAGUCUUGUCCUUUUUUUAAAAAUUAUAUUAUAACUAAAAUUUUGUAUAGUAGGAAGUGAUAAA